AUGGAGAUGAAUACAGAAGAUCAGAUGAAUAAGAACGGAAUGUGGUAUAUUAUACGUUAUCUCAGGUAUACUCGUCGAGCCCUAAGUAUGGCCCGAAGCGGAAUAGCGUGCUGUGGAUCCAUGAUCCAUCCGAUGGAUCCAUCGUCCCCACUGACGUCAUGCAGUUUCCGCCACGACGCCACUAUGCCCCUCCUCGUCCCCGGCAUCAACACCAGCCUAAGCGAGCAGUCGGAAUGGAUCACCAAGCUCGUGGGCAAGAAACUGACUGAGUCGACGACGGAUGCGAAUUCCUUCGCCAUGAGAGAUCUUCCGCCUCUCCAUCGCGUUCUCAGACGCGGUGAUGUCACGACGUUGGAUUAUCAGCCUGAUCGAGUGAUUCGGUUUUGUUUGAGUACUAAGCUAACUUCUUUUUCUGUUCUAGACUCACCAUCCAUAUCGAUGAUGAUGGGAGGAUUUGGGAUGUUAGGUAUGGAUGAAUUGGACAAUCAUCGUCGAGAAGGGAUGUAUCGUUCUUGUUAUAUAUCUGGUAGUCCCGAUCAUCAAGGCCGACAAUUUUACCAUCUCCGGUAUAGAAUCAAAUUAGUCAAGCUGGUCAAUAUAGAACUGUGUGUACAAAGGAAGAAAAGUUUUACCUUAUUUCCCCCUUCUUCCCUCUCAACAAGUAAUCUGCCAAACGUAACUCACGUCUCAGCUCGAGCAGGGGACCGUGGUCUCAAAGCAUCAAGGUCAACACCAUCAGUACCUGAUGCUGGUGGGAUAAAAUGCCUGACACCGGUGGGAACAGUGGUUGAAGGAGUGCCACUUGAGGGGGAGGCGUCCCGCGACUGGAACCGGAACAAGUCCCUAGCUGUGUGUGGAUUGCUUGUGGAAGCCGGAGCUGCCGAGGAAGAUGGCGUGAUGGUACUGGAUGCUGCUAUCAAGGAGGAGAACAAUGAAGAUUGCUUGGACAUUGGUCUAUUGCAGGAACACGCCAUCAGCAAGGACAAUGUCGCGCUCUUCGAGUAUCUCCUCACAAAGUACGGAUGGCAGAUGGGUGAUUUCAGCCGCAUAGCACUCGAUGUGAUCAGGGAGAAUAAGCUCGAAAUACUCCGCGUUAUUGUCCAACCACCUGGAUUCAAUGUCAAUCGCAUUUAUCCUGUCGACCAUGGCGCAACAAGAAAUACCAACCUACUACAGCAGGCUUGCCAAGUACCGUACGUAGACAGCAUCCGUUUCUUAACCCAAGACGGCGCAGACCCCGAUGGUCCGUUUCUACCCUUUUCGAGUCUAACUCGUAAAAUUCUCGAACCUACUACUGUGGUCAAAGCAUUGCUUGAUCAUGGCGUAGACCCUAACUGUCCGGGACUACCCUCUUCCGCAUUAUUCGAAGUUGUGAAGUCUGCUUCUAAGCGUCAAUGUUAUGAAAUGGGCAAGCUUACCACCGUGGUGAAGGCAUUACUCGAUCAUGGUGCAGACGUGCAUCAUACCAGGAGAAUGGUAGGACUUGCGAAGGACGAAAAGGAUUCACGCCAAGCUAUUCCAAUCCUACUGUAUGCGGUCUAUGCAGGUGAUGAUGGUCUGGACGUGGUGAAUCUACUUGUCCAGCACGGCGCCGACGUCAACGAAGGCUUCAUCUCCCCAUUGCGCCUUGCCAGGCAACUUAACACCACACUAGUAUGUCAGCAUGUUCUCCUAACUGGCUGGCAAUAA